AUGGAGCAAACUGAAGAAAUAAUAGGGAUCAAAAUCUACAAUGCUGAACCCUCACAAGAAGAUGAGCCUAUUCCAUACCCCUCCACCACUCAGUGUGCUCCAGGAGGUUGCCGCAAACGCCGUGCAGUCGCAAAUGGAGUACAGAAAACCCUAUCGAAAACCUCCAUGCUCGCCAACUUCCUCCCCACCGGAACACUUCUCACAUUCGAAAUGGUCAUUCCUUCCAUAUACCACAAUGGUGAAUGCACUCCAGUCAGCACUUUAAUGAUCCACGUCCUAUUGGGAUUGUGCGCUCUUUCGUGCUUCUUCUUUCACUUCACCGAUAGUUUCCGAGGACCGGACGGAAAAGUGUACUAUGGGUUUGUGACCCAUAAGGGUUUGGCUGUGUUUAAGCCUGGUCUUAAUGUGGACGUACCUAAAGAGGAGAGAUAUAAGCUUGGUUUCACAGACUUUGUCCACGCAAUCAUGUCAGUGAUGGUGUUCAUGGCGAUCGCGUUGUCAGAUCAUCGGGUGACCAACUGUCUGUUUCCGGGGCACGAGAAGGACAUGGACGAAUCCAUUCAUGGCAUGGUUCGGCUACGGUUCUUAACCACCAAGCAAAUAUACCCGCCAAAAACCUACAACUGUAAUUGGAAUGUGGAUUCCGAUUCCAUAAAGCAACAAUGCCUCUUUCUCCUCAAGUCCUGCUCUUUUCUGGAUCAGCUCUUUCAAAUCCAUGCACAAAUCCUGAUUGUUGGUCUCCAGAAAGAUGAACAAAUUGUAGAUAAAAUCAUCCAAUUUUGCGCACUACAUCCCUCAGGAAGCUUGAAUCACGCAAGACGAGCUAUAAUACAAUCCGAAAACCAAAUAACCUCUUCGUGGAACAAUCUCAUCAGGGGCUAUGCUACUAAGGGUGAUUCACCAAGAGAAGCCGUAUGGGUUUUCCUUGCAAUGCGACGUUCAAGAACCAGACCCAAUGAACUCACCUACCCAUUUCUUUUCAAGGCUUCUGUUACAUUUUCGGGGCUCAAAGAAGGGCGACAAAUCCAUGCGGAUGUUUUGAAGCACAGAGUGGAUGAUGAUGUAUAUGUGCAGAAUACUGUGAUUCAUUUUUAUGGGUCUUGUAAGAAGAUUGUACAUGCAUGCCGGAUGUUCGAUGAAAUGUUGUUUAGAACUCUUGUUUCUUGGAAUUCAAUCAUUUCUAGCUGUGUUGAUAACUUGUGGUUCUAUGAAUCGAUUAAGUACUUUGUCAGGAUGAAAAAUUGUGGGUUAAAGCCUGAUGAGACCACGAUGGUAAUUCUGCUUUCUGCUUGUGCUGAGCAUGGAAACCUGAACUUGGGAAAAUGGGUUCAUGCCAAGUUAUUGAGAAAGGGUUGGUUGUAA